UUUGUUCAGGUCGAAAGAGAUUUCAGUUGUGCUUCAUCCAGCGUGGUGGGAACAUUAAUUUGCAUAAACUACGAAAUGGCACCUAAAGAGCCGGCAAAGAAAAUCGUAAAGAAGAAAAUCGCAGGAAAACCUCGAGUAUCUAAAACCAAGAAAGCAAAUCUCAAAUUUCCCGUAGGCCGAAUUCAACGUCACUUGCGUCAAGGAAAUUAUGCGAAUCGAAUUAGCACGUCCGCAGCAGUUUUUACAGCUGGUGUGCUAGAAUAUCUCACCGCUGAGAUCUGCGACGUAGCCGGUGAUAUAGCAAAUGAAAACAAGAAAGUGAGAAUCGUGCCACGUCACAUAAUGAAAGCCAUCAAGGAUGAUGCCGAGUUUUCCGAGUUGCUGAAGAAUGUGAAUAUCCCGUACGCUGGAGUGCUUCCAUAUAUUCAUCCAGUUCUGUUGCCGAAAGCGUCCAAAGAAAAUAAGCGGACAACAAAUAAGAUCAAAUCAACCGGGCAAGGUGCAUCGAACAAUGAUAGUGAAUUGAAUGAAGGCGACUCGGAUGGUGAAGACGAAGCCAACAGUUCAAUUGAGUCAGCCGAAGAAGCGGAGACAGCCGAAGAAGCGGAGUCAGCCGAAGAAGCGGAGUCAGUCGAAGAAGCGGAGUCAGCCGAAGAAGAUAAUUCCGUUGAAUUCGAAUUUUAAAUAUUUUUUUUUCGUUGCGUUUUUAU